GCUUAGUAAUUCAUUCAAUAGUAUUUUCUAGUUAGAAUUAUAAGUGUUUAAAGUGUAUUCAUUGCAUGUAAAAUAUAUCGGCAUGCGAUGACGUCACAUCCGGUUUCGCCGCGUCUUGUGGGAAAACACCGGUUUGAAAUUAGCGCGAGGGUGGGGGCUUUCCACGAGGCUCACCUGAGCACAAGCAGUUUUGCAGGCAUGAGAAAUCACAGUGAGAGCAACGCUUUUUCACCAUAUGUUAAUGUGAAGAGUGAACAGUAAAUGGUUAAUCUUACUGCGAUCUGGUUCUUAUUAACUGUGGUUUAUCCGGAUGUUAAAUUCGGCGUUUCGUUACACCCGAAGGAGAACGUUACAGUGAAAAAGCGGCAUUAUCAGGUGUUUCAAGUGCUGCAAUGUCAGCUCAAUCCAGCAUCAAGUCGACGCCGCCCAGCGACAAGGGCAGUAAACCGACAUCAAGUAAGCCCACCCAGGCGUUAUCAGGUGUUCCAAGUGCUGCAAUGUCAGCUCGAUCCGGGAUCAAGUCGAUGGCGCCCAGCGACAAGGGCAGUAGAACGACAUCAAGUAAGUCCGCACAGGCAAGAGCCAAGGCAGAAGCCGCCAAGGUGCGACUGCAUUACGCCAAACAAGAAGCAGUUUUGAAAAUUAAACUGGCUGCCAGAGAAGCCGAAAGGGCCGCCAGAAAGGCAGAAGCCGCCAAGGUGCUACUGCGUUACGCCAGACAAGAAGCAGUUUGGAAAAUGAAACUGACCACCAGAGAAGCCGAAAUCCAGAGAGAAGAGGCUGCCAGACAAAGAGAAGAGGCCGCCAGAGAAGCCGAAACCCAGUUGGAAAUGACAAAAAUAUCGACAGAGUUGCAUGUGCUGCAGCUAGAAGGAGAAAGAGAAGCUGCCAGGGUGGAAGCAAAGUACAUAGAACAAGCUGAAGGGUCGCGUGAUCUGACCGAAGUAAGAUCUACUUUAGAAAGGACCAGACUGGAACGCACGAGCGACUAUGUACAAUAUCAAGCAGACAGGCAGGCUCGUCUCCCCUCUCCAUACCUAUUCGAUAACUUCCCCAGCUACGAGGAACCUCAGAGAGUCACGAUUGCAUCACAUCCAUACGAGGAAGGAAAUUUACCCUCACGGCUCCGUGACGAAGUCAAGAAUGAAAGAACCGACAACGCUCCUUCACCCCCACAACAGGACGGCGGGGAGGGAGAGGCUCACUCUAGGUCAAUAGCUGUCAGCACGAACUGUACAGAAGUUUGCGGUCAAGCUCAGUCGAGUCGUUCUUGUUCCAAGAUCUGCCUCACUAAGGUGUACCCUAAAGGAGCCAAAGACAAGGCCAUCAAAGCCUAUGUGAUUCUGGACGAUCAGAGCAAUCGUUCACUAGUCAGUCCAGAGUUCUUUAAAUUGUUCAACAUUGAGAGUGAGCGGUUCCCAUACUACCUCAAAACUUGCUCAGGCAACAUGAAAACCCAAGGGAGGAAGGCAGAAGGCAUCCAGAUCGAGUCCCUGGAUGGUAAAGUCGUCAUCUGUCUCCCUCCGCUCUUAGAGUGCAAUGAAAUCAUGAAUAACCGCGCUGGGAUCCCGACACCAAGUGCGGUGCUACACCAGCCGCAUCUCCACCACAUCGCCAAACACAUCCCAGAACUGGAUCCGAAAGCGGAAAUACUCCUGCUAUUAGGAAGAGAUGUUAUCCAGGUACACAAGGUUAGGCAGCAGAUCAAUGGACCACUCAACGCCCCCUUCGCGCAACGUCUGGAUCUGGGCUGGGUGGUGAUAGGAGAAGUGUGUCUCGGUGACGUACACAAACCGAUGGUUAACACACUCAAGACCAAUGUGCUAGAGAGUGGCCGCCAUUCAAUCUUUCGACCCUGCCCGAGUGUCCCGUGCAUCAAGGAAGCACAACAAGGCGUUAACAAGCGCGAGGCAAGCGACGAGUCGCUGGGCCAGUCAGUCUUCGCUCUGACGAAGUAUGACAACAAACUUGCACAAUCAGCUCAAGAUACCAUUUCUUUAAAAACCAAAGACACCAAGGUCUUCAGAGAUGAAGCAAAUAAUGGAGUUGCCCCAUUGCCAAUCAGAGAACCAUGCCAGCGCUCACCAGAUAACAAAGAGCAGGCAGUCAAACGGUUCACGUCCUUACGGAAAACCUGGAAAAGGAAACCUGAGAUACAGCAACGCACCCGAUUGGCCCACGAGGUACUGUGCACCCUAAUGGCAGAGGUCACAGCCAUUAUAAACGCACAAUCAUUCCUACCUGUGUCUUCCGACCCAGAAAACCCCUUUAUACUUUCGCCAUCAACGCUCCUUACGCAGAAGGCAGGAGCACCUCCUCCACCAGGAGACUUCUCAGACAAGGAUUUGUACACAAAGCAAUGGAGACAAGUCCAGGCUCUGGCAAAUCAGUUCUGGCCUCGCUGGAGACAAAAAUAUCUACCUUUGUUGCAACAGAGACGAAAGUGGACAGAACCCCGCAGGAAUCUUCAAGUUGGAGACUUAGUCCUGCUCAGGGACAAGCAAGCCACCCGCAACAGCUGGCCAACGGCCAGAAUCACUGCUACAUUCCCUAUCGAGGAUGGACAUGUCAGGAAGAUCGAAUUGAAGACUACCGACCAAGGCGAUGUGAAAAUUUACCAAAGGCCAGUUACAGAAGUUAUUCUACUUCUACCCAAUGACUGAUUAAGAGACUAAGUUUUGUACUCUGCUCAUUGUGACCUUACGAAGGUCAAGCGGGGAGUGUGCUGUCUUUACGACAGUUAUUUAGUUUAUAAUAUUUUCGCUUAGUAAUUCAUUCAAUAGUAUUUUCUAGUUAGAAUUAUAAGUGUUUAAAGUGUAUUCAUUGCAUGUAAAAUAUAUCGGCAUGCGAUGACGUCACAUCCGGUUUCGCCGCGUCUUGUGGGAAAACACCGGUUUGAAAUUAGCGCGAGGGUGGGGGCUUUCCACGAGGCUCACCUGAGCACAAGCAGUUUUGCAGGCAUGAGAAAUCACAGUGAGAGCAACGCUGUAAGUUAAUAGAUAAUCGAUAUAUUGAACUAAGAUAUUAAUGCUGAUCCUGUUAGAGGUAACGACGGUAGAUAAUGUUUAUGCUUUCGUUAGUUAAAGAGUCGCGGAUAGUUUGCAUGGAAGUGUAUUUAAAGUAGUCAAUGGAGCAGGUAACCUCUCCCUGUAUACUGCACCUUAGUGUAAUGUAGUUAUAGUCACCUUUGCAAGUAUUUACACUUGAAAUGUGAUAUUAAGGAAGGAACAAAUACUGUAUCAAUCUUGUAUUGUUUUAUCAACAGUUUUCACCAUAUGUUAAUGUGAAGAGUGAACAGUAAAUGGUUAAUCUUACUGCGAUCUGGUUCUUAUUAACUGUGGUUUAUCCGGACGUUAAAUUCGGCG